CAAUAGCAGGAUGCCGUGAUGCAGGAUGGGAAAAGGAUGACUCCCAGCUGGAAGACCUUGGAGACUGGAGAGCUGAACACUCCCAGUAUUGCUUAAUGAAAAGAGAAGUGGAUUUUUCUGUUUAAUCUUCAUUUUCUGUAUGCUGCUUAACAUUUUGGAAUACUGCUGCUUUUAGUUUGCCUGAUUUGGGAACAAACUGAAGCUCCACCAACUCUGACUCAGGCUCCAGAAGAUGAACCGCCUUAUUCUAAUUUUCUUGGUGCUCUUGGCUCCAGCAUUUGCUGACAAAGAAAGGCAGAAAACAAACCAAAACUUUUCUUCCAACAAUGCCAAUCACAAACGACUGAAAAGAGACUGGAUAUGGAACCAAAUGCACAUCAAAGAGGAGAUUGAUACCCCAUUACCACACCAUGUUGGCAAGAUCACAUCCAGCGUAAGGAACAACAACGCCAAGUAUAUCAUUGAAGGUGAAUAUGCCAACACCAUUUUCAAAGUGGAAGAGACCAGUGGUGAUGUAUAUGCAUUUGAGAGGUUAGACAGAGAAAAGAAGGCCGAGUACGAGCUGACUGCUCUCAUUAUCGACAGAAGAAACAACCAGUCACUGGAACCCCCAUCUAAAUUCAUUAUCAAGGUCUAUGAUAUCAAUGACAACGCCCCUGUCUUUGUACAAAAGGUAUUCAAUGGAUCUGUUCCAGAAAUGUCACCAGUAGGAACUCCAGUCACCAAAGUGACGGCUGUAGAUGCUGAUGACCCAACAGUUACAGGUCACGCCACAGUUACCUACCAAGUCAUCAAAGGAGAUGAAUACUUCACAAUUGAUGAUUCGGGUGUGAUUUCUACAGCAAGGGCUGAUCUAGACAGAGAGACUCAAUCGACUUACGAAGUUAUUGUUAAAGCAAAAGAUGCCCCAGGGUUUUCUGGGGAUUCGAGCACAGCUACUGUCACCAUCACUUUAACUGACAUCAACGACAACUUCCCAGUAUUCAAACACCAAUCAUUUCACUUUAAAGUUCCUGAAAACAUUUCCGUAGGAGGAGAAGUUGGCAGAGUCAAAGUAGAAGAUAUUGAUGAACCACAGCACAGGAAUACAAAAUACAGUUUUGUCAGAGGAGAUUACAGGGACACCUUUGAAAUUGUAGCAAAUCCAUACACAAAUGAAGGAAUCAUUCGGCCAAAGAAGCCCCUGGACUUUGAAAAAGUAGCAGAAUACAGGUUUGACAUUGAAGCAACAGAUCCCACAGUCAAUCUUCGCUAUUUUAAAUCCGGGGGCUCCAAGAGCAUUUCAGCAGUGACCAUUGAAGUCACCGACAUUGAUGAGCCUCCUGUCUUCACUAAACUGCCAUAUGAAUUUAAAGUGAGGGAAAAUGACCCAGAAAUAAGAACUCUUGGUUCAGUUUGGGCACACGACCCUGACGCAGCUAAACGGAAAAUCAGAUUUAGUCGACGAAGAGCUAGUCCUAACGGAGACUAUAUUAGGGUAUCCGAUACUGGAAUUAUUCAGCUUCCCAAGCCCCUGGACAGAGAAUUCAGUUCUUCAUACAACAUCACUGUCGCAGCUCAGGAAAUCCUUGAGGAUGGACGUCUGUCUGACAGAGAAUCACAUGCCCAAGUUCACGUAAUAGUGACUGAUGAAAAUGAUAAUGCUCCGGAACUUGUUUAUCCUGAAGAACCUAGAGUGUGUGAAAAUGCAGCACCAGGAAAGGUGAUCAUCAGGAUUUCAGCUACUGACAAGGAUGAAAUAUCACCUAGAGGUUUCUUCAGGUUCUCCCUGGCCACAGAAGACAGCAACUUCUCCUUAGUGGAGAACUAUGAUAACACAGCUAAUAUCACUGUCAAAUAUGGACAGUUCAAUCGUGAACUUGCCAAAAUCCACUACCUGCCUGUCAUCAUCUCAGACAAUGGCGAUCCUGAGCUCAGCAGCACAAACACUCUUGUCAUCAGUGUCUGCAAGUGCAAUGAAAAAGGCAACUUCACUUUCUGUGAGGAAAGAGCUAAGCAAGUUGGAGUUAGCAUACAAGCACUGGUGGCAAUUUUUAUCUGUAUCUUCACAAUCAUCGUUCUCUUUGCAGUAAUCGCAUUGCUAAUUCUUCUAAGAAAAAGACACAAGAAGGAUUUGAGUGGUCUUGGGAGGAACGUGGCAGAGAUUCAUGAGCAGCUUGUCACUUAUGACGAAGAAGGUGGUGGUGAAAUGGACACCACCAGCUAUGAUGUGUCCGUACUCAAUUCUGUCCGCAAGAACGGUAUAAAGGCAGAAGCAGCUCCCUCUCCAUACGCACAAGUCCAAAAGCCUCCUGCAAAUAUAACUUCUAGUGCUGGAGAAAUGGAAAUGAUGAUUGAGGUUAAGAAGGACGAAGCCGACAAUGACAGGGAUUUGCUGCCAUAUGACACACUUCACAUUUAUGGCUAUGAAGGUGCCGAGUCCAUUGCAGAAUCUCUCAGCUCUUUGGGAUCAGGCUCUUCAGACUCAGAUAUUGAUUAUGACUUUCUAAAUGACUGGGGACCCAGGUUUAAGAUGUUAGCUGAGUUGUAUGGCUCAGAACCAAACGAAGAUUUUGUAUAUUAAGGUCAAGUUAGCCAUGAAUUUUCUCCCUCCUGCUACAGACAGACAUCACGAGCCUGCCCAUGGCCACAGAAGAACUCGCAGCUCUUCACCCAAGCCACAGUAGGAUUUCAAACAGACACGAAACAAACCUGACAGUAGGGCUUAAAAGAAACACAGGCUUCUGUCAGCACUGCAAUCCUUGCUAACAUUCCAUUCUUUCCCCAAAACUGCUGCUAGAGGACCUGCUUGAGUCUUCUAGGACACAACCUCUUUCACUAUCCAGACACUUCUCCUUAAACAGCAGUUUGUCCCCAGUUGCUCCUUCAUUCCUCUCGUCCUUUACUGUUCUCAUAAACACAUAUUCAAGGUCAUGAUCCCUGGAUCAUCCACACUGGAACAGAGAGGUCUGGCGGCAUUGGGAGGGAAUAUUUUGAAUAACCUCCUGUAUCUCCAGCCCGCUGGUUGUCCUGGCCCUGCUGCAACAUCUUUAUUGAUGUUCCAUGCUAAUGCUUACCCAGCCGAGGAAAGAGGAACAUAUGGUCUAUCACUUAAUAUUAAAAAUUACUCCAUCACUUUCAAAAAGAAGCAAGAUUUUUCCUUCUUUCCAAUCUAUUAAUUAUUCUCGCUUUAUCGUUUUCUACUCCAUAUAUGGGUUACUAAGACAAAAUUAGCCUGGAUUUUCAGAUGCACAAUCUGGUUUCAUCUGUCAGUUCUAACAGCCUGGUGAUGAUUUCAAGCACCUUUCUGGCACGCUAGAAUUUGCUCUAGCUAGCAGCAAAAUUGUUACUUCUUUCUGUAAAUAGGAUCUCAGUGUUACUCAAUGGAACAUUUUCCUGCAGGGCAGGAAAUGUGGAGAUCAGAGGAAUGUUAAGAUUCCAAUACUGUAAAUCUCUCUAGAUGGCAACCUCGGUCUCUCUAGAUUUCUAAAGAGGUUGAAUAGGGUUUUUAUUCGACAUUAUUAAAGCAAUUGCAUUUUUUCAGGGACAAACGAGUGAAGGGCCUCAUUACUGUGAAACUGUUUUGAUUUUUUUCUAAGCAGGUACUGUAAAAUGGAUAUUUUCCACCUAGGAAAAUUCUGUAGCCUUCCAA